AUGGCGGCUGGUGUUCUUAUGAUACGACCAUUCAGAGCUCUAAAACAAGUUAACAUAUCUCUUACGCACCGCCCUACUGCCCGCAUCAAGAUACCCAGUCCCAUGAAAAUAGAACUGACCGAAACCGAAGAAAAAUUGUGUCAAAUACUGGACGAGUGUACAGUGCAUUUGCAGAAGGAACAAGGUAUAUCUACGACCUGUAGAAUUGCAGGAGGUUGGGUUAGGGACAAGGUCAAUAUGACAACUUCGCUAUGA